CCUACCUGUAGCAAGCAAUUGACCAGAUACAACCAAGUCCAGUCCAUUCUCUCAAGGUGCUUUCCAUUGGCUAGCUUCGGUUUACCCCUCCGAGUACUCACCGAACCUCCGGAGCUCUCGUUCAUAACACGGCAACCAAAGCUUACUUGAACCCAAAUUCAUCAAAAACUCAGCUCUGAGAUCCCAACUCGAUCAUUCUCUUUACUCUAGGUACGUCGGUAAUCAAAAUUGUCAUCCUUUUUCUGCCAUGUCAUUUUCUUCCAUUGCGCGCAGAGCCUCACGCUCUGUCACCUCUUCCAUCCGAACAAUUCCCCGCCAGUAUAUCGUAGCGCCAGCCAAGUUCACACUUUCAACCAGACACCAAUCGACAAUGUCUUCCGACCAGCAGAUCAUCUUCACCAAGAACGCCCCUGCGGCGCUUGGCCCUUACUCUCAAGCCAUCAAGACCCCCAACAUGAUCUAUUGCUCUGGCCAGAUUCCUCUUACCCCCGAGGGUGAGAUGGUCCAAGGUAUCACUGAGCAGACCCGCCAGGCCUGCAAGAAUGUCCAGGCUGUUGUGGAGGCGGCUGGCUCGUCUAUUUCCAAGGUGGUCAAGACUACAGUCUUCAUCUCUGACAUGUCCUACUUUGCUGAGAUCAACACCGAGUACGAGAAGUGGUUUUCGCAUAAGCCUGCACGCAGCUGUGUGGCUGUCAAGACUCUUCCCAAGAACGUCGAUGUGGAGAUUGAGGUCAUUGCUCUUCCAUAGAGGCAGAAUCUUAGCAAAGCCAAAGCACGCGAUAAAAUAGAACUUGAUAUAGACAAUUAUGAAUUGCUUGUGAAUCAGUGGGAGACGUAGCCCUAUUGUCACAAACCCAUCAAACAGACGGCGCGUCUCGUGAGGCCUCGUAAAUGCCUGAGCUGUUGGAUAAGUACCUG